UCCUGGAAAACAGAUCGCUCAAAACAACAGAUUAAAGACUUAAACCAAGAAGAAGAUUCUCUUCCACUUAUUGAGGAUGUAUUAGGAAACCAAGAGCAAACUUCAAGUGAGAUGCCUAGUCUAGAGGAGCCAGAAAAAGAGGCAGCCUCUAGUGAGACCUGUGAAACAGAUAAAAAAGUGGAAGAAAGCAAUUCUGACACCAGGCAGCUGUGCACUCCAGAGGAAAGGCGGCAUGUUCAGAGAGAGAGACUUAAUCAAAUCCUGCUAAACCUGUUAGAGAAAAUCCCAGGGAAAAAUGCUAUCGAUGUCACUUACUUGCUGGAGGAAGGAUCAGGAAGAAAACUGAGGCGACGCACCCUCACCAUCCCGGAGAGCAGCUUCAGGAAGUGAUGCCAGGAGAGGAAGCUGUGGUCUGGAGUCUGCUACAAGGUCUGCUGAGGACUGAGGGCAGGAGCCCAACUUCCUCUGCACCAGCCAAGGAAAAGAGGGCAGCAGAAAACUGACAAAUAUACAAACAGUUAGCACUUAGAUGUCUGGGUUGGCAGGUUGCCCUGCCCUGCUCUGCAGUGCUCUUAUGGUGUGUGUGUUGUUGGGCGUGCCUUGUAUUGAU